AUGGCGGCCCUGGCCUGUGCCAGGCCCGAAGCCCCUUACAACUACCCCAGGCCAGGACUAGGUCUCGGUGGUAGUUUCCAGAACGGAGGAGGAAGCUUCACCAGCUCCGGAAGUUCUUCUGGAUUCGUCGGAUCUACAUCCGGAUUUGUUGGCCCUAGUGUUGGCCCUAUUGGAGGAGGAUCAAUCGGUUCAGGAUCUUUCCACCACCACCACAACGGCGGACUAAACGGCGGACUCAACGGCGGACUCAAUGGCGGAUUCCAACAAGGCUUCCAAAACGGUGGAUCAUUCCAACAACAAACAGGCUUCCAACAGGGCUUUCAAAACGGUGGCAGCUUCCAAUCCACAACAGGCUUCCAGAACGGAGUCGUCGGCGGCGGAUUCCAACAGGGGGGAUUCGUGAGCACUCCUGGACCUCUGAUCCAGAAGCACAUCUACGUCCACGUCCCACCACCAGACCCAGAGGAUGUCCGUGCACCCCACAUCCAUGGGCAGUUCGCCCCCCCACAAAAGCACUACAAGAUUAUCUUUAUUAAGGCUCCAGCACCUCCACAGUACGGUUCAGCAAGUCUGCCACUUCAUCCACAGAACGAAUGAAGAAAAGAAAAGACUUUGGUUUAUGUCUUGGUUAAGAAACCCGAAGACGCCUCCGACAUCUACCUGAACAAUGCACCAACUACACCCCAGCAAAACCAGAGGUUUACUUUUCAAAUACAAGACCAGAAGGAUAGGCAAAACCAGCAACAGAUUGUGGAUAAUGGUUUGGUUGGGCCAACAGGGCCAACUUUGGUGAACGGUGGAGGUAUUGCUGGUGGCUCCAUCUCUGGUGGCUCCAUCUCUGGAGGAUCGAUUUCUGGUGGCUCCAUCUCUGGAGGUUCAAGCAUCACGUCGACAAGCGGAUCUUUAGGGCCAGCUCCUCAAUAUGGGCCACCAACCCCCAGAUUUUAA